AUGGCCCUGUCCACUGGCCAUGUGGCUAGCCAACUCAGGCAUCUGAUUUACUACAACCUCGAUAAUAACCUCGUUCGCAAUGCGCUCUUCCUUGCUGGUCGUCUCCACGCUUAUGAGCCUCGGUCCUUCGAGGCGCAAUAUCUCUUAUCACUCUGCCACCUCCUGAGUGGUGAAGUCAAGGCCGCAUUCGAGUGCAGCCAGGGUUCAGGAUCGCGUGGCUUACAUGCAGGCUGCGCUUAUGUCUAUGCACAAGCCUGCCUUGAUCUAGGAAAAGAGCUAGAUGGCAUCACUGCUUUGGAGCGCAGCAAAGCCCUCUGGUCAUCCAAAAAUCACUGGAAUAAACACAGUGAAACUUCGCGACAACACUUACCGGAUGCGCCCGCCGUGUACUGUCUGCUUGGCAAGUUGUGGCAAGCGCACAAAGACCUAGACAAGGCGGUGGACUGCUAUGUGGAAUCACUCAAAAUGAAUCCCUUCAUGUGGGAUGCAUUUCUCGGACUGUGUUCGACCGGUGUCAACAUACGAGUGCCCAACAUCUACCAAUUAAGCCCCGAACUCCUCUCCGCAAUAUCCGCCUGUCCGGACGACGUCGAUGCCGUUCCAGCGCAGUACGCGCAGCCCGACAAACCGUAUCCUUCUCACCAUACCGGCGAUCCUUUCAUGAUUUCCACUACGCGCGGUGAAUUUGAUUCGACAAAUGGAAGCUCGGCCUUUUGGGGACCGUUCAACGGGCACUCUACUGGCAUGAAUCCGGCCGCUGCGCCAGUAAUACACGAGGGAACGGAAACCCCCAGUGGACAAAGCAGCAGUGGCUCGGAGGAUUUUCGGAUCGCAAACGGAGUGACCGAACCGGAGUCCGCCUGGGAACCACCGCUCGCGCCAGCAAGGAGGAUCCGGGCCGUUCAGUCGGUGAGCAUGGAUCAAUCAGGUUAUCCUCCGCCCAAAAUGAGAUCUGCGGGUAUUCGAUCCCGGCCCAGAACCCGUACGGAACCCGAGGAAGCCUCUUUGGCGCCUUUGGACCGCGAUCCGCCACCACCUGCGUCGAGGUUCGGCGAUCGGAAACGGACCGUCUCCGGUCAAGUCGCCCAUCCUGUGCCUGCUCAGCCAAUCGAACCCGGAGCUCCCCAGCGACGGAGUGUCCGCCUUCUAGGUCAGAUCAAACCUACUACCAGCAAACUUGCGAUGGCUUCACUCUCAGGUCGCGAUGGUCGUGAAGUGAAGAAGGUGCGAAAUCCUGCUGCUAAAGGACGUCCGACCACCACAACGUCCACUGUGGGCCGCGUCGUCAGUGGCAAUCGCAAACACGUCGAGUCAUCCGACAGUGAUGGCAAAGAACCGCGGACUGGCUCGAUGCCCCCCUCCAAUCCUGGGCCCCCUCCUCUUCCGCGAAAUGCCGAGAGAACAAAAGAGCUUGAGGCUCUGAACUGGCUGCUUGGUCUGUUUGCGAAGCUCGCAUCUGGGUAUAGUGCUCUAUGCAGGUACAGAUGCCCAGAGGCGAUCCAGCAUUUCAAUUCACUUUCGCAGGGCCAGCGGGAGACUGCCUGGGUUCUAGCUCAGCUGGGUCGAGCCUACUUUGAGCAAGCAAUGUAUCCAGAAUCUGCGAAAUACUUUGCACGGGUCCAGGCUAUGGCGCCAUCACGAGUUGAGGACAUGGAGAUCUAUUCGACUGUUCUCUGGCAUCUCAAGAAUGAUGUGGAGCUGGCGUAUCUGGCCCACCAGCUCCUCGAGGCUGAUCGAUUGUCACCACAAGCUUGGUGUGCGGUUGGCAAUUCCUUCUCCCAUCAACGCGAUCAUGACCAGGCCUUGAAAUGCUUCAAGCGGGCCACUAUGCUGGAUCCCGAAUUUGCGUACGCUUUCACACUACAGGGCCAUGAAUACGUCGCAAAUGAAGAAUACGACAAGGCCUUGGAUGCCUACCGCCAAGGUAUCAACGUGGAGAACCGCCACUACAAUGCCUGGUAUGGGCUGGGCACCGUGUAUGACAAAAUGGGCAAGCUGGACUUUGCUGAGCAACAUUUCCGUAAUGCCGCAACCAUCAAUCCGACCAACGCUGUUCUCAUCUGCUGCAUGGGUCUGGUCCUGGAGAAGAUGAACAACCCGCGAAAUGCUCUUUUGCACUAUGAACGGGCAUGCUCCCUCGCACCCCACUCCAUACUGGCUCGUUUCCGCAAGGCUCGUGUCUUGAUGAAACUCCAGGAAUUUAAUGUUGCCUUGGUAGAGUUGAAGUCACUCAAGGAUAUUGCUCCCGACGAGGCCAACGUGCACUACCUACUUGGCAAAUUGUACAAGAUCCUCCGCGACAAGGGCAAUGCCAUCAAGCAUUUCACCACUGCGUUGAACCUCGAUCCCAAGGCUGCACAAUUCAUCAAAGAUGCAAUGGAAUCUUUGGACGAUGAUGAAAUGGAGGACGCCGACAUCGCCUGA